UGCUUCAUCAGAGAAGUACGGAGGCCCAAUGGGGAUCUAUACAGGCCAGACAGCAUCUUCUGCCUGUGUCUGAGUAUACAACAGUAUUUAUUUAUGAAAGGCCGGAUAGAAAACAUCUUUAAUGACCAGUUGUUUAAUCAGUUUGUCUCUGAGAUUACAGACAUGCUCAAGCAUUGGAAGCCCAGCGGUGCAAUGAUUCCCUUGCGUGUUGAAGAGUCCUUUCUAUGGGAGUGUAAGCAGCUCGGGGCUUAUUCUCCAUUAGUGCUGCUGAACACACUGUUGUUUUUCUUCACCAAACACUUUGGUCUUGUUACUGUGGACGACCAUGCAAGCCUUUCAUUCACUGAUGUCAGCCUAUGCUCCAAACCUUGCAGCAGAGUGGGCAGAGUCUCCUACCUCCAAUAUACCAGAAGAAGAGGGCCCAUCCUGAAUACAACUGGUGUGUACUAUGAUACUAAGAUUGACCGCCUGUCAAUCUCACGCUCCAUCCUUCCCUCACUCGAGAACAAGACCCCGAGAUACUUGAACUCCUCCACAGACUCACCCCCCACCCGGAGAGAUCUUUAA